GCGACCUCCCUGCCGACGCCCCCCGCCGCCUUUGAAGACAUGGACGAGGACGGCAAGCACGUGUACGGAGCAGGCCCGCUUUACACGACGAGAAUCGACGGCGAGGUGCCACUGUUCAUCCCGCCCGGCGCAACGGGCGCGAGUGCGCUCCCGCCGGUGACGCUGUGCGAGUGUUUUCAUGCGACCGCGGAGAAGUACCCGUCGCGUGACGCGGUGGCGUGGCGCGUCAAGGACGACGCGCCGAGCGACGCGCAUCCCUACUCGUUCUACUCUGGCCUGGCCACCACGGCGGUCGGAAGCCACUGGGACAAGAUGACGUGGGCGCAGCUCGAGCAAGAGUGCUACAUUUUUGCGAAUGCGUGCCUGAAGAUGGGCGUCGAGAGCAAGGACGCGUGCGUGGUGAUGGGCUUCAACACGCCGCAGUGGCUCAUCGCAUUUCACGGCUCCGUGCAGGCCGGCGGCGUCAUCGUGGGCUCGUACCCUACCAACGGGAUCGAGACGUGCGAGUACCUCGGCCAGGACUGCGGGGCGAAGCUCGUGCUAACCGAGAGCUGGGCGCACGGCUCCAAGUUUGAGACGCUGCUCCGGGACAAGAGCCAAAAGCUGGCCAAGAUCGUCGUCUGGGGAGACAUGACCGCGGUGCCGUCGGACAUCGCCUCCAGCAAGGAGGUGCUCUCCUUUGUCGACUUUAUGGCAGAGGGGCGCGUCACGGUCGGCGCGACGCACGGACACAGCCACAUCAUGCAGACGGUGAAGGCGGAGGAGGCCAAGCUCAAGCCGACGCAGUGCUGCUGCCUCAUCUACACAUCGGGCACCACGGGCCCGCCCAAGGGGGUGAUGCUGUCGCACGACAACCUGACCUGGGACGCGAACGCGUUCAUCCAGUUCGCAAAGGACGAGGGCGUGCUCGCCGACUUUGGGCCCGAGCAGGUCUACCUCUCCUACCUCCCCCUCUCGCACAUCGCCGCGCUCCUCCUCGACUUCAUGUUCGCCGCCGUCACCGGCGGGAGCAUCUACUUUGCCACGCCCGACGCGCUCUCGGGAGGGCUCCUGCCGCUGCUGCAGCAGACGCGGCCGACCUUCUUCUUCGGCGUCCCCCGCGUCUGGGAGAAGGUGAUGGACGCGAUGAAGGCGAAGGGCGCGGCGGGCUCGGAGACGCAGAAGAAGAUUGCGGCGGCGGCAAAGGCGGUCGGGCUGGCUCGCAACUUGGGCCUCGCGGAGUCUGGCGGCCGGGCCACGGGGCUGAGCUGCGCAGACGAGGUCAAGUACCUCCUCUGCAAGGCGGUCGUCGUUGCGAAGAUCAAGAUGAGUGCGGUCGUCUUCGCGAAGAUCAAGACGACGCUCGGGCUCCUAGAAGCGGAAUAUCUCCCCAUAUCUCCCCAUAUCUUCCCAUAUCUCCCCAUAUCUCGGGCGCCUAGAAGCGGAUACGUGUUCAUGCUCGGCCUCGACCGGUGCACCGCCUUCGGCUCGGGCGCCGCGCCCCUCUCCAAGGAGGUGCUGCGCUACUUUUGGUCGAUCGACAUCCACAUCAUCGAGGGCUUCGGGAUGAGCGAGACCACGGGCUACAUGACGUCCUCGGCCUUCCCAUCGAAGACCAAGCUCGGCACCGUCGGCGUAGCCGCGGCGCCGGGCUACGUCAAGCUCGACCUCGAGAAGGGCAAGGGCUUCGCACCCGCCGGCGAGGAGGGGCACGGGGAGGUGUGCAUGCGGGGCCGCAAUGUGAUGAUGGGGUACCUCAACAAGGAGGAGAAGACCGCGGAGACGUUCGACGAGGCGCGCUUCCUCCGGUCGGGCGACCUCGGCAAGUUUUACGACGCGCCGGACGGCAGCGGCACGCCGAUGCUGGCGAUCACGGGCCGCAUCAAGGAGCUCAUCAUCACGGCGGGAGGCGAGAACGUGCCGCCCGUCCUCGUCGAGGACCAGGUCAAGCUGCAGUGCCCGAUGGUGAGCAACGCCGUGCUCAUCGGAGACAAGCGCAAGUUCCUCUCGUGCCUGCUCACGCUGCGAGUCGUGAUGGAGCCGACCGAGGUCGGGCCGCAGCCGACCGACAAGCUGGACGCAACCUGCUUGCUCGCGAUGCAGGCGAUCGGCUCUUCCGCCACCACGGUCGCCGAGGCCAAGGCAGACCCCAAGGUCGCCAAGGCCGUCCAGGAAGGCAUCGACCGCGCCAACGCGGCCGCGGCGUCGCGCGCGCAGAAGGUGCAGAAGUUCGUCGUUCUCGACACCGAGCUCUCCGUGCCCGGAGGGGAGCUCACCGCCACGCAGAAGCUCAAGCGCGACGUCGUCGCCAAAAAGUACUCCGCCGAAAUCGAGUCCAUGUACUGAGGCUCGGCCGGCAGAGGCGGAGUCCGGGUCAUGAAGUGGUCGGGCCCCCCUACCCAUGUCGCCUGCGAGCACAUGUCCCCUGUACCCAUGUCCCCUGCGAGCACACCCAGACGAGAGCGAGCGGCGGGCGUAGCCGUAGGUACGUCGGUGCCGCCGCCUCCGGCCCUUACGUUCGGCUCUAGUACAGAGUAGAGAGAGUAGGCGCAGCUGAGAAGACGUCAGUACACAUGUUUAUCUCUGUGCGGCUCCACAUGUGGAUCGAGUAAGCUCUUCAGGCAAUAACGC